AUGGCAUGGAUCCAACUCUUUGGAGCUCUGCGGCUUUUCGCGUGGGCAUGUUGUUGUGGUUACGUCAUCCCUUGGGCUAUGCUGAAUGCGGCUUCGUCCCGCCGCCUCCGAUCUUCCACUAUCAAUCCGCAUCCCACUAUGUCCACCUUCGACAAGCUGUUCGCAAAGGGUAAGGCAAAGGUGAAGGAGUUCACCGACUCGCGCCCCUCACACCAGCAAGGCCAGCCCGGCCAGGGCUACCCAGGCCAACAGCCAACACAAGGCUAUCCUCCUCCGGGACAGCCGCAAUACUCGGGCGCGCAGUAUCCCCCACAGCAAUACCCUCCAAACCAGUACCAGCAGGGCCCACCGCCAGGCCAGCAGUGGGGCGCUCCCCAGCAACAAUGGGGUCAGCCACCAGCGCAGCAGCAAUGGGGUCCUCCACCUCCGCAACAGCAGUCCUAUGGACCACCGCCCGUCCCGCAGGCUAGCAAACCUCAGUCGCCGCAUCCACAAGCCCAAGGACCACCACCAGUUCCCCAGAACCGCCCGGGCUCAGCCCAGCCGCCUCCUCCGCAGAACAUCCCCCCUCCUCAGGGCGAAAGAGUGUACUGGAAGCCCUCGUUCGAUCGUGCGACACCUGUAUCACACAACUUCAGGCACGAGAUCGGCGAUCAUGGCUGGGGUAACAACGAGAAGCAGAUGUAUACCGACAAUCCCGCCAACUCGUUCCACCACGAUAACCGAUUGAUCGUGCGGGGACUGGUGGAGGGUGGUAGCUACACAUCGGCCCGUCUCACCACCAACCAGACGCUACAGCGGCCACGCGGAUAUCUGACUGCAACAAUACUGGCACCCGUUGCAGAGGGAAUAUGGCCGGCGUACUGGUUGCUGCCCAAGGACCCGUUCCAGUGGCCGAACGACGGCGAGGUGGACAUUUUCGAGAGUUGGAACGGAGACUGCGUGAACCAUUCAUGCUUGCACUGGGGUCAGUACAAUGGCGAAGAUCACGACAAGCACCGCGUCGCUGAGACGCCGCUGCACGACAUGCCGCGCCAGCCUCAUACAUUCGGUUUUGCUUGGAUAGAGGAGGACGGCAUACCAAAUUGGCGCGGUCGUAUGAUCUGGUACAUUGACGGCAGACCGGUCAUGAAGGGUAACAUCCCGCUUGGUACAAGGAGAAUGGAGGAGUAUCGGAUUCUGAUCAACAUCGCUAUGGGCGGAAACGUGUGUCAGGGCAAAUUGCCCAAGGACGGAUACUACGACAUGGUUGUCAGUGAUCUCAAGAUGUGUGAAGAGCCGCAGGGCGGAUGGCACUUGUUUGAACAGGCCUGGAACAGCACGCCCGAAGGCAAGACUAUGUAG